CAUCAACAUUUCAAUACGCUUCCAACUCUCGUGCUGAACGGAUCGUCGCGUCAAGCAAUCUCCGCUCGUUUUUGUAGUUGCUCGAGCUCAAACAAGAAAACAAAAAGGAAACAAACGGCGAUCUUCUUUAUUUCGUGGCAGAUGAUUACGAGCAAGUUCCGACACAAACAAAGUUCCGAACAAAAGCAUUUUGUUUGUGUUUUGGUCUGAUUGGUGACUGUGUGGUUUGUGUGGCGUGCGAUAAUAACAAGCUUGUGUGUGUUUGUGCGCCUAUUGUGUGCAAAUUGUACGAAGUGUUCAAGCUAUCAAUGCAAACAAUCCUGCAACUGGAGAAGUGAGUGAUCAUAAUUCCAGUGAGCUCCAGUUGUUUUCGUCGUGGAGUUUUUAGUGCAAAGAACAAGGAAGUAGUGGUGAUCGAUCUGACAACUAAACUGUGUGCGUGUAUGUGCGAUCAGUGUACGAUCGAAUAGAGAUCAGUGUAAGACAAACGAGAUCACGCUGUAUAGAAUGAUUAAUCACCACACGAUGGCGAGCCUGGGACAUCCACACUAUGGGUUUGCCCUCGGCAAUGGGAUGGACAUCCCGCCGGCUGGAGAUUUCGCACCGCAACCCCACCACAGCCCAAGCUCACCGACGGAUCAUUUGGGGCUGAAGCGUGGCCUUACCUUCCCGACCUCAUCCCUCGCCGGUCUCCAGGGACACGGCGGUAUGCACGGAGCAUCGGCCGGUGGACAUCACCAUCAUGCAUCCAUGGGACAGAACGGUGGUGGUGGCGGUGGAGGUGGCGGUCUGGGCAACGGACAAACAUCACCCGGCCAGGAAGGACACAUCAAGCGUCCGAUGAAUGCGUUUAUGGUGUGGUCCAGGUUGCAGCGUCGCCAGAUCGCCAAGGACAACCCGAAGAUGCAUAAUUCCGAAAUCUCGAAGCGUCUCGGAUCGGAAUGGAAGCUGCUUACCGAGGCCCAGAAGCGCCCGUUCAUCGACGAAGCGAAACGUCUGAGAGCAACGCACAUGAAGGAACAUCCAGACUACAAGUACAGGCCUCGCCGUAAGCCGAAGAACCCACUAGCAAACGCUGCCAACGGGCUCGGAGCGCUGGGUGCAAUGCAGCAGGGCGGCAAAUCAUCGCUCGGCUCGUCCUACCCCUUCCCGCAGCUGCCACCAUACUUCGCCCCAACCCAUCCACUGCAGCAACUCGAGCAACACUAUCCGGUCCCGUACUUUGGCAGCUUCGAUCCGCUCACCCUACAGAAGCUCCAUCAAUCGCAGCAAAGCGUACAGGCGGGCCAUUCGCCGGUCGGUGGGCUCGGUGACUCGGGAAAACAAUCGGCCGGCCAACAGUUGCCACCUACCUCGCUCAGCUCGUUCUACUCGAACAUCUACAGUGGGAUCUCGGCGGCGGCAGCCGCAGCCCCCCUGUACGCCGCCCACUCCAACAGCCUGUACAACACCUCGUCCACCUCGUCCGCAUCGCCCGGGUCCAGCCCGAGCGCGUCCCAGUCCACGUUGCCCGAUCUCGAGAACUCGAUGCGGCGGCCGGUGCAGGUCAUCUACUAGACCGCGAGGCGACCAGCGGCUCACCUUUCCAACACUCUUUAGGUAUAUACGUACAUUGUAGCUAGCUGUGUUUUAUAGGCGUAUAAGAUCCGAGGUGCGGCACCGGGCAAACGAAAAAGAAAAAUACUGUUCUGUGAACAACGUACUUUUACUGCUGCUGGUGCACGUGUACAUCCUUACCGCUUAAUUUUCUUUCGGGGGAAAAAAUUGUGAAGUUCAUCUAAGGCUUCUGUGUACAUAGUAGAUUAAUGGUGCCCAACGCGCUAUUGGAAGUUGGUCGAAGAAUUGUUUUUUUUUAACUUAUUGCAUGGGCUCAUUCGAUCGGUUCGAAUCGAUAAGGGGCUGUUGAUUAGCAGAAAUUAUCUUUAAUACAUAAUACAAAGACAGCAAAAUAAGAAACGAAAGCACGGUUAAGAAGGUGCAUCGGAAAAUGUGGGCCCGAACCAACCGUACAGGUAAACCGUAGGAACAUUAUACCUCUCGAAUUAUUAGUUCUUUCACUUUUGCGUUGUUAGUUACUCUCCUUAGUUACUUCCCUUUAAACCUGUUUUUCUGUAAACUAAAAUAGGUGAGAAAAUGGCGUACGCAGAAUGAGGGAAUUUUUUAUACAAUUGUCUGUACAUAGUAAAUUAAUGUAAAGAAGAAGAAGAAGAAGGACCUCAAGAGUGGCUCAGACAAACAUCAGCAUUCCAGAAUUGAAAAGUGAAGAAAAAAUAUAAGAAAUUAAGAACAAGAAAUACAUUCGAUCCAAAUCUAAUUGCUAGACCAUAGUGCUUCAUUCAUUCCACUCCUUUAUUAUAAGCUAUUGUUUUGUCUUUGGUUAAAAGAAAAGCAACAAAAGGUUUCUUAAAAGCAGUGUGCUGUUUUGUUUGCCGUUUUUUUUUUCCUUUGUCUCAAGCCUCAAGAUCUCGCACACUUGGCCACGAUCAAGUUCUCAGUCUUCGGUCGCUGCAGCUUUACUUGUACUACUAGAGUCGUAAAACAAUCCACUGUGCGUACUGUAAUGCGUCGUAAUUGUGCGUGUGCGUGUAUGUAUGUAUGUACAUGUGUGUGUGUGAGUGUGCGGAGAGAGGAGUUGCAGGGAGACAAAACAAACGAACCGAUGCGUUCUUAUCAGUGUAGUGACGUGCAUACAUCUAAAGAGAUAAGGCUAUUAUUUGUUAUAUCUGUCAGUAUUUGAUCAUAUUGAUGAUGAGCAGCGGGGGAAAACAAUACAGUGAAGUGUAAAAAUAAAUAAACAAAUGAAAAAAAAAA